UCUCCUGUGAGACCCUCGGGCCUUCCUCCUCCUCCUCCUCCUCCUCCUGAUGGAUGAGACAGUCAGACCUCUGAGGAUUCCUCCUCAGAUUUCACUCUACGCCCACAAACACAGCAUCUUCCACCUACUGCAGGACAUGCUGUCCAGUCUGGUGAUUGAUCAGCCUGAUGAUCCCGUCUCAUUCCUGAUCAGUCAGCUUCAGAGGAGCAGCGUGGACAUUCCCAGGAUCCUCCUGCUCGGUCCUCCAGGUGCAGGUAAAGGGUCUGUGGCCAAGAAGCUGAGUGCUGAACUGAGAGCUGUUCAUGUGACCACCGACAGUUUACUGCAGGACCAAUCAGAGCUGAGCGACCUUCCUGUGGAGCUGCUGGUCCAGCGUCUUCAGCACAGACUGAAUGAGGUGGACUGCUUCAGCAGGGGCUGGGUGUUGGAUGGAAUCCCUCAGACUCGUCUGCAGGCUGUGAGUCUGCAGCAGGCCGGAGUCAUCCCCGAACACGUCGUGAUGUUGGACGCUCCUGACGAUGUGCUGUUGGAGAGGAGUCUGGGAAAACUGGUCGACCCACUGACAGGAGAUGUGUACCAUCAGACCUUCAUCUGGCCGGUUGAUGACAUCAUCACUCAGCGUCUGGAGAAGGGGCGGGGCCCAUCAGAGAAGCAGCGAUUGACUGAGCUGCAGCGCUUCCGUUGUGAGGUCACAGGUCUGAGGUCAGCCUAUCAACACGCCCUGAAGAUCAUCAACGCUGACCAACCAUACGCCGACGUCUACCAGCAAGUGCUGGCUUUCGUCCAAACUCGUCGUCGUUCCAGAACUCCCAGAAUCCUCCUGUUGGGUCCGCCGGGUUCAGGGAAGAGUCACCAGGCCAGACUGCUGUCAGAGAAAUACAAGAUGGUGGACGUGUGCUGUGGUCAGUUGUUGAGGUCUGUAGCAGCUGAUGGUUCGAGUCUGGGAAAGGAGAUCCAACCAUACCUGGAUGAUGGACGAGCAGUUCCAGACACCCUGGUGCUGCAGGUUCUAGACCAGCGUCUGAGCCAGGUGGACUGCAGUUACAGAGGCUGGAUCCUGCACGGCUUCCCCUGCGACCUGCAGCAAGCCAGGAGCCUGCAGGCGUCGCAGGCCCAGCCCACCAGAGUUUUCUUCCUGGAGCUGACAGAUGAUGUUUGUCUGGAGAGAAUCACUCUGAAAGCCACUGAUCCAGUCAGCGGAGAGAGGUUUCACGCUGUGACUCGACCCGCCCCCAGCUCUCAGGUCCACAACAGACUGAAGACCAGACCAGAGGACAGCACACACACCGUAACACUCACUCUGAACCAGUACAGGACACACACUGCUGUUCUGCAGUCUGUGUAUCCAGAUGCUGUUCAAGUUGAUGCUGAUCAGGAUCCUCACUCUGUAUUUGAGGCUCUGGAAAGCAGAUUAAACACUGACUAACAGGAGGACUCACCUGGACUCACCUGGACAGUCCAGGACUGUCCCGGACUCCUGGUUGAGGAGACAGAAAGAUGAGAACACACAGUCACUCCUCUGCUUCUCAUCUAAAUGAUGUUCUUGGUUUGUUCUCAGAAUAAAACG